UAAUAGUAAUGGAUGCCAUUUAUUGAACAUUUACUAUGUAGUGGUAAAUAAGGGAAGUGGUGGUUCAGUGGUAGAGUUCUCACCUUUCAUGUGAGAGACCCAUGUUUGAUUCCUGGCCAGUGGUUCUCAAGCGCAGUCACUACUUGUGUGUCAGUGAAGGCUUGCAUGUUGCUAUGAUGCUGAACAGGUUUCAGUGGAGUUUUCAGACUAAGACAGACAAGGAAGAAAGGCCUGGUGGUUUACUUCUGUAAGCUAUUGAAAACCCAGUGGAUUCCAUUGUGCAUGUGAUCUCCAGAAGUUGGCUCCCAACUCUUUAGAAGCUAACAACAACAAUAUGUGCUUGGUACUAUGCUGGAUGGCUUUCUCAUUUCAUCCUCCCAAUAACCCUGUGCGAUACUUACUGUUAAUGUCUUCAUCUUAUAGAUAAGGAAGUAGGCACAGAGAGGUUAAGCAACUGACUUUUGAUACCCAGCUAAUAGGAGACAAAGCAGGGAUUUUUGGGGGGGGUGGAGUAGGGGGACAGGUCUGUCUGAUUUACUCACUUCUUAGAGAAUUUGUCUGUAAGAAUUUAGCUUAUUCAAAUAUUUGCAAUAAAAAUACAUGCAUUAUUUUGAUCUCAGCCUUCUGGAAGGUGAAAGUUGUCAGUAUUCUUUUAAAGCAAGCUAAAUGGAAAAGGCUUUUAUCUAGCAAGAUAUUUCCCAUAGUGAAUUUUUAUGAUGUCUAACUAUAAACUGGGAAUUUGUCAUAAUUUUUGACCAAUACAGAGGCUGGCGGGAUGGGGAUGCAGUAACCACUGUAAUGAAGUAAAUGUUGCACUGAAAGAGUUAAAAAAAGAAAUGUUCUUUUAGUAAGUUAACCGUGCCUCAGUGGUGGAUUUUCUUUUUAAGGCCAUUUGUCUCUCUUGAGUUUUUGUAGAUGGUGGGUGAAAUUCAUCUAAGUCAAUUUUCAAGAACAUGCAGUGCUGUUGUAAAACAAAUGAUAAACACUGAUGCGCUGCAGAAAUAAAAACUGGCUGGAUCUUCCAGGAGGUGCUGAAGAGAACUGGGACAUGCACAGUCAGACAUUUUAGAAACCUGGAAUUGACUUUCAGUGCUUUUUCCCUAAGAUUACUGGUACAACUGCAAAAAUAGAACCAAAUGUGUGAAUGAAGAGAGAGGUUAAUUUCACAACUUUGGAGAAUUUUUUUUUUCAAGUGGAGCAGUGGUACUUUUACAAUUUUUUUCUUUGUGGAAAGGGCCACUGUCUGGAAUUUAGAGCUAAAAAUAAGAAUAUCAGAUAUGAAAUGAUGGACUUGUCUUUUAUCAGGCCAUCUGAUACAAUCUGCAGGAUUUCAUCUUUAUCUUUCCUUCACUGACUAUAGUGUUAUUGUCGUUUUGAUAGUAUCAGCCAAGCUUUACCUAUUGAAAGAGAUUUGAAAUCACACUCUUUUUUUUGCAGAGAAGGGAGGCUAUAAAGGGAGUUGGAGCUGCCUGGUGGGGGAGGGAAGGAAGUAGGCAGAUGUUGUUAUAAAGCAUCCUUGUAUUCUUGAACCAUUGAGAGGGCACAGAGGCCCUUAAGCACUGGUGACUGCAGACCAUUUUCCAGAGUUGUUUCAUCACUUCUGUUUUUUUCUUUUCUCUAAUGUCUUUAUCUUAUAAGAACACAUCAUUUAUACCUCAUAAAGUAAGAUUCAGAGUUGGAAAUUUUUGUCUCACUGUCUGUGCUUAAAGACAGACUCAGAAGUGCCCUUACGUUGGUCAAGGUUCUCAUUAUCUACAUCUCCCAGAUCUAACGCAGUGACUUCCCUGUGGGCUUGGUCACUUGGAGGGUUUCAGUCCCAGUGCCCCUGGAUGCUUCCAGACCUCCUUUUCUGUUAAUCUUUAACACUUACCAAUGUUUUUAUUCACUGCUGUUUUGAGAUUAAAUGUUUUAUGGGAAGUCUUGAAUAAGUAAAGCAUUGUUCUUCCUUGAGAUGAGUUUUCUCUUCAUUUGUUUUUUUGAUCAUUUAGUCACAUGACUUGAGUAUCUUCUGGGAUGGAGAUUAGAGUCACUGGGUGGCACAAACAGUUAAGCACUUGAUUACUGGUAAUCAAAAAUUUGUGGUUCGAGCCUAUCCAGAGGCACCUUAGAAGAAAGGCCCAAUGAUCUGCUUCCAAAGGUCACAGCCUUGAAAGCCCUGUGUAACGCAGUUUUACUCUGCAACACAUGAGGUUGCCGUGAGUCUGAAUUGACUGAAUGGCAACUGGUUUGGGGCUGGAGAUGAAAGAGGUAAAGGAACCAGAGCUCCUGCCCCUACAAAGUUCACAGAAUAGUGAGUGAAACAAAGUUGUGUGAAAUGAAUGAAGCAGUAGUUCAUAAAAUGUGUUUUGGAACACCUACCCUGGGAGAGGCAGUGUGUAUGUGUAGAUAAGAGCUGAAAUUAUAGAAUGAUACAGCCUAAGUUCAAAUCUUGUUAAUCUGUGAUUUUGGAUAUCUAACUAACUUGCCUGAGACUUGUUUCUUCAUCUGUAAGUGAGACCAAGCUCAUAGGGGUUUUUUUUUUUUUAAUUAUAUAAUAUGUUGUAGUUGUUCUGUGUCAUUGAGCUGAUUCCAAUUCACAGCGACCCUAUAGGACAGAGUAGAACUGCCCCAUAGGGUUUCCUAGGCUGUAAUCUUUACAGGAGCAGAUUGCCAGGUCUUUACUUCCCCAGAGUACUGCUCCAUAGCUUUUCCAGGGAGCAGCUGGUGGAUUUGAACUGCUGACCUUUUGGUUAGCAGCCGAACUUUUAACCACUGCACCACCAUGGCUCCAUUAUAUAGUAUACCGUUGCCAUUGAGUCAAUUCUGACUCAUAGUGACCCUGCAGGACAGAGUAGAACUGUCCCAUAGGGUUUCCAAGGAUCAGCUGGUAGAGUCGAACUGCCAACCUUUUGGUUAGCAGCCUGAGCUCCUAACCACUGUGUCACCAGGGUGGGAUCAGGGGGAGUCUCUCAGAGAAGACCCGUUGCCUUUGAAUCAGUUCCUACUCAAAGAAAGUUGACUCUAAACUGAGACUGAAUAACAGAGAGAGAAGAUUCUUCUAGUCACGGAAACAGGAGGAGAGAGUUUGGCCUCUUUGAGAAAGAGAGUAAAGGCCAGUGUGGCCGGAAUAAGUAAACACAGAGAAAAGUUGCUUGGAGGGGUCGGCGGAAUCCAGAUUGUGCAGGUUAGUGAGGCUGCAUACUCUUUGAUGCACACUCAGAAGUGACUGAAAGGUUUAUAAGGGCACUGUGUGAUCUGAAUAAUAUUUUUAAUUUAGUUGCAGAGUAUAGUUGCUUGAAAAGCAAGAGUUGACACGUGGAAAUGUGUUAGAAAACUAUUGCAGUAGCCUAGAAAUGAUGUAACCUAAACUAGGUAAUGGCAGCGAGAGUGAAGGCAGUGGACAGAGCUGGAAAAUGUAAUGAUAUAGUCAGUAAAAACCAAAACACCAAACCUAUUGCUGUCAAGUUGAUCCCGACUCAUAGUGGCCCUUAGGAAAGAGUAGAACUGCCCCAUAGGGUUUCCAAGAAGGGUGGAUUCGAACUGCAGACUUUUUGGUUAGCAGCUGAUCUCUUAACCAUUGCACCACCAGGGCUCCAUAUAAUCAAGAGGACUUGUUGAAGAAUUGGGUGUGAGGGAAGUAUCGAGAAUGAUGCUCUGGAGUGAGCAGCUUGGUUUAGGAAGAUGUCACAUAUGAAGAUGGGCAUACUGGAAGAGGGGCAGACUUGAACACCUCAACUGAAAUGCUUUUGAAAUGUUUGAGGGAAGAGGUCAUGUAGUCAAUUGAUGGCUUGUUGAUGAAACAUGAAGCCAUAGAGGUAUAUGUAAUCACCUAGGGAGAGGGUGUAAAGUGAGAAAGCUGAGGCCCAGUACUCAACCUUGGGAAAUAUCAAAAUUUAGAAUAUGGGUAAAGGGGAAGCAUUCAGUAUAGGAAGUGGGCCAGAGAAAAGGUAAAAUCAGAAGGUUGUACUCUUUAAGUAAGAUGCAAGAAGCCAGCAUAUCCAGGAGGAAGGAGAGGUUACCCAUGUCCAAUGCUAAUUAAAAAGCUAAUAAGUGAUUAAAAACCGUCAUGGGAUUUGGUAACAUGGAAUUCAUGGACAGAAAAUAAAUAGGUGGAAAAUUUAAUUUCUUUAAAAUAUUGCUGCAAUUUGACAUACUGGUUAAUCAAUUUUAACUCUUGAUUAAUUGGAUAUAUACAUGAAGGCUAUGUAAAAUUCAUGUUAUUUUCCCAAGUGGCAGUAUAUUUAUACAUUUUCUUAUUUUCAGGUAACCAUAUGAUAUUCAAAGAGAAAAUAAUAAACUUAAUUAUGCUGACCUGAAUUUGUUUCUCCUAAAGUAUAAACUGGUAACGCUGGUCAUUAAGAGUUUGACUGCUAGUAGUGCCUGCAGUCUUAAAAGCCUGUGAGUGGCCAUCUAAGAUAAUCCACUGGUCUCAUCCCUUCAGGAGCAAGGGAGAGUGAAGAAAGCUAAAGACACAAAAGGAAAGCUUAGCCCAAGGGACUAAUGGACUACAACUACCACAGACUGAGUACAGUACAACUAGAUGGUGCCCGGCUACCACCACUGACUGCUCUGACAGGGAUCACAAUAGAGUGUCCGAGACAGAGCUGGAGAAAAAUGUAGAACAAAAUUCUAACUCACAGAAAAAGACCAGACUUACUGACCUGAUAGAGACUGGAGAAACCCCCAAGAGCAUGGCCCCCGGACACCCUUUUUGCUCAGUAAUGUAGUCAUUCCCGAGGUUCGUCCUUGAGCCAAAGAUUAGACAGGCUCAGAAAGCAAAAAUAGACUAAAGGGGUACACCAGCCCAAAGGCAAGGACUAGAAGGCAGUAGGGGACAGGAAAGCUGGUAAUAGGGAACCCAAGGUAGAGACGGGAGAGUAUUAACAUGUUGUUAACCAUGGGUUGUUAACCAAUGUCAAUAUGUGUACUGAAUGUGUACUAAAGAAGCUAGUUUGUUCUGUAAACCUUCACUGAAAGCACAAUUAAGGAAAAAAAAAAACAAAACUCAGCAGCUAAACAAAAGGUCAGCAGUUCAAAUCCACCAGGCGCUCCUUGGAAAUCCUAUGGGGCAGUUCUACCCUGUCCUAGAGGGUUGCUAUGAGUCGGAAUCAACUCGACGGCCAUGGGUUUGGUUUUGGGUAAAUGCCGCUAGUACCAAGAUUGAGAAACCCUGAAAUAGAUUGUCAUGCAGACUUGCUCAUUGGUCAGCAUGAGACCUUGGCAGUCGUGGCUCUUCACUAGAAUUUUUCUGCAAGAAAGUGGGGGAUCUCUUAAUAUGUUUGUAGAGUAAGUGAUCUUUGAAUUUGAUUUUGAGAUUGAGACUGCUUGGUAGAAAGAGGUUAAUAAAGAAAAGUAACAGUGCAUUUGUAUGAUCUAAAAUCUAUUGCUGUGGAGUCGAUUCUGACUCAUAGCGACUCUAUAGGACAGAGUAGAGCUGCCUAAUAGGGUUUCCUAGGCUGAAAUAUUUGUGGGAGCAAAUCUCCAGGUCUUUUCUCCCUCUUGGGUUCGAACCUCCCCUGGUGGGUUCAAAGCACUGACCUGUUGGUUAGCAGCCAUGCGCUUAACCACUGGACCACCCGGGCUCCUUUUAAUGAUCUACCUGUGCAGAGCUGUCAACAGAUUACAUCUAUGGUUAGAAACAAAAACCAAUGCUCUACUCGGUAGUCAUUAGACCGCUUACAUCAGAGCUGGGACCUUUAGGUAGAGUUAGUUCCUAUUCUAAAGCACAUCUUAGGGAAGUUUCGGUAUGUAAAUUUUUAAAAAAAGUUAUUAGAUUUGUGUUUUUUUUUUUUUUUAAACCCAUUCCAAAAAACUGUUGCUGUCAAGCCAAUUCUGAUUCAUGAUGACCCCAAGUUCUUCAGAGUAGAACUGUGCUCCAUAUGGUUUUCAUGGUUGUAAACUUUACAGAAGCAGACUGCCAAACCUUUCUUCCGUGGUGCCAUUGAGUGGGUUUGAACCACUAACCUUUUGGUUAGUAGCCCAGCAUGCCCUUUGUGCCACUCACGGACAUUAUUUAACCCUGUUAGGGACUUAAAACAUAUUGUUAUUUUCGUUUUUUUAUAAAAUAAAGUUCAUACAUCUAAAAUUGUACAUAUAUAUGUGUAUAUAUCUACACAGAGACAUCACUCUCUCUCUCUCUCUGCGUGUGUAUGUGUGUGAGUAAUAAAAUAAACCCCUAGGUACUCCUAGCUGGCUUAGGAAAUUGGAUUUAACCAUUAUCAAUGAAACCACUUGUGUGAGGCUCCCCACCCCACACUAAGGAUAAACACAAUUAUGAAAUUUGUGUUUAUUGUUUCCUUAAUUUUUCUUAAAAUUACUACAUAUGUACAUAUCCCUAAACAAGGUAUAAAUUGUUCUAAAAUGUCUGUGUGCGUAGGGUGGAUUGACAAGUGGAGGAGUGGAAAAAAUGAAACAAGCUUGAUGACUCUGAGAAAUACAGAUGGGGUGGCUGGACGAGAGCAGCUGUUGGCUCAGCAAAGAAUGCACAGUAUGAUCAGCUCAGUGGAUGUGAAAUCAGAGGUUCCUGUGGGCCUGGAGCCCAUCUCACCGCUAGACCUAAGGACAGAUCUCAGGAUGAUGAUGCCCGUGGUGGACCCCGUUGUCCGUGAGAAGCAGCUGCAGCAGGAGUUACUCCUCAUCCAGCAGCAGCAACAAAUACAGAAGCAGCUCCUGAUAGCGGAGUUUCAGAAACAGCACGAGAACUUAACAAGGCAGCACCAGGCUCAGCUUCAAGAGCACAUCAAGUUGCAACAGGAACUUCUAGCCAUAAAACAUCAGCAAGAACUCCUAGAAAAGGAGCAGAAACUGGAGCAGCAGAGGCAAGAACAGGAAGUAGAGAGGCAUCGCAGAGAACAACUUCCUCCUCUCAGAGGCAAAGAUAGAGGACGAGAAAGGGCAGUGGCAAGUACAGAAGUAAAACAGAAGCUUCAAGAAUUCCUAUUGAGUAAAUCAGCAACGAAAGACACUCCAGCUAAUGGAAAAAAUCAUUCCGUGAGCCGCCAUCCCAAGCUCUGGGCUGCCCACCACACAUCAUUGGAUCAAAGCUCUCCACCCCUGAGUGGAACAUCUCCAUCCUACAAAUACACUUUACCAGGAGCACAAGAUGCAAAGGAUGAUUUCCCUCUUCGAAAAACUGCCUCUGAGCCCAACUUGAAGGUGCGGUCCAGGUUAAAACAGAAAGUGGCAGAGAGGAGAAGCAGCCCCUUACUCAGGCGGAAGGAUGGAAAUGUUGUCACUUCAUUCAAGAAGCGAAUGUUUGAGGUGACAGAAUCCUCAGUUAGUAGCAGUUCUCCAGGGUCUGGUCCCAGUUCUCCAAACAAUGGGCCAACUGGAAAUGUUACCGAGAAUGAGGCCUCGAUUUUGCCACCUACUCCUCAUGCUGAGCAAAUGGUUUCACAGCAACGCAUUCUAAUCCACGAAGAUUCCAUGAACCUAUUAAGUCUUUAUACCUCUCCUUCUUUGCCCAACAUCACCUUGGGACUUCCAGCAGUGCCAUCCCAGCUCAAUGCUUCGAAUUCUCUCAAAGAAAAACAGAAGUGUGAGACCCAGACACUCAGGCAAGGUGUUCCUCUGCCCGGGCAGUACGGGGGCAGCAUCCCGGCAUCUUCAAGCCAUCCCCACCUCACGUUAGAGGGAAAGCCCAACAGCAGCCACCAAGCUCUCCUGCAGCAUUUAUUGUUGAAAGAACAAAUGAGACAGCAAAAGCUUCUCGUUUCUGGUGGCGUUCCCUUACAUCCUCAAUCUCCCUUGGCAACAAAGGAGAGAAUUUCACCUGGAAUUAGAGGUACCCACAAACUGCCCCGUCACAGACCUCUGAAUCGAACCCAGUCUGCACCUUUGCCUCAGAGCACGUUGGCUCAGCUGGUCAUUCAGCAGCAGCAUCAACAAUUCUUGGAAAAGCAGAAGCAAUACCAGCAGCAGAUCCACAUGAACAAACCAGCAAGGCAACAGCUCAACUUUGCUGGAGGAUCACCUCCAGAUGUUCAGCCAAAGAGAGACCCUGCUACCCCACUGAGACUGCUUUCGAAAUCUAUUGAACAACUGAAGCAACCAGGCAAUCACCUUGAGGAAGCGGAGGAAGAGCUUCAAGGGGACCAGGCGAUGCAGGAAGACAGAGCACCCUCUAGUGGCAACAGCACUAGGAGCGACAGCAGUGCUUGUGCGGAUGACAAACUGGGACAAGUUGGGGCUGUGAAAGUCAAGGAGGAACCAGUGGACAGUGAUGAAGAUGCUCAGAUCCAGGAAAUGGAAUCUGGGGAGCAGGCUGCUUUUAUGCAACAGGUAAUAGGCAAAGAUUUAGCUCCAGGGUUUGUAAUUAAAGUCAUUAUUUGAACAUGAAAUGAGUUGUAGGUUUUGAUAAAUGGAUAUUAUUUCUUAUCAGUUUAUAGCACUGGAUGAUUGGUUUUUAGUGUUUAAGGAUUCCAACUAAGACGGAUAUCUGUAUAUAUCUAUAUAUGGAUCUCUCUAUGCAAAGAUCUAGGUAUAGAUACCAAGGUUUCAUUGAAACUACUGGUAAGGAAAUACCUGUUACACUAAAAUUAUGCUAUAUAAGUAUCUGAGUAAUUAAUAGGCUUAUAGCCAUCCCAAAGCCUGCCACAUCAAUUACUUCUAAGGAAAACAAACUCAAUGUUGAUAUAGUUUAUCUGUUGAGAUCAGAGACUGCUGGACAUAGUUUCCCAGACUGAUCAAUGAAGCAUUCUAUUAGUUUUGAUUUUUUUGGACAUGUCAAAUGCAGUUUUCACAUCACUGUACAUAAUGUAUCAUACUGCAGUCUUGAACACUGUUAAAGGUAGUCUGCCCCUUCCUUCCUCUUCUUUUUUUUGUUAAGUAGAAAUGUUCUAGUACCAUACCAUGCCAGUAGUCCUAGGUAUGCGUGCAGAUCGCAACUGAAAAUAUUAGGAAUAGAGGUGGUUUAAAAGAUAUAGAUGCAAAUUGCAGCAUAUUUUAAAUAUUACAUUCAGUUUCACAUUGCACUGCUCGUUUUACUUUAACCUUGUGUUAUUCAGUGACAUCGUCUAUCGAAAAAGAUCAAAUGAAGCAGAUGCAAAUAUUGGCAAGAAGUAAUGUGCAGCAUUAUGGUCCAAUCAGAUACUAUAUUGUAUCUACAAAUGCAGAAAACACAGCACAGUAUGAUUACUAUCAGAAAUAAAGUUAAAUAAAAGUCACUCUUAAAAGAAGGUGUAUCACAUUUUAUGAUCAUUAUCACUGGGAUCUCUUAAGUGUAAUUUCAGAAAGACGUGGCCUGUAACAUACCCUUUUGACAAAUAAAAAAAUUUAGCAAAGUUAGGUUUAACAGAAGGAUCUACUUGUACAUAAUGCACCUUCAUAAGGACUAUGUCCUUUGAUGCCAUAAAAUCCAAACAACUUUGAAGGCAACAGAAGACAAUGUUUAUUUAAGUCAGUUCUUUGUCAGGUUCCUGCUGUUCUCCUACAGAAAAGUGAUUCUGUGAGGCUGAACAGGAAAUGCCUUGUGGAAACAGGAAGUCCAAGUGAUUCAUGUGCUGAGGAAUGUAGGAAAAAAAAGUCUGAGGAUAGUGUUUUACUCUUUCUGUUUUUAAAGGGCACUCUAUGAAUUGAUUUAUUGUCUAAGAAAAUAACACCACAAGCAGGGAAAUUGUUAAGGAAGCUUUUCACUGAAACAUUUCCUUCAUAUUCCCUUUUGAUAUGUUUACCUUGUUUUAUAGGUUUACUUUUGUUAAGCUAGUUAAAGAUUCAUUGUGUUAAGCCCCCUUUAAUAUGGAUAAUCCAAAUUGACCUAGAAUCUUUGUGAGUUUUUUUCUAUUAAAAUAUUUAUAUUUCUAAAUCCGAGGUAUUUUAAGGUGUAGUAUCCUGUUUCAAAGGAGAUCUAGUGGUUUUGCCAAAUGUAGUAGUCAUUAUUCAACUGUAUGUUAUUGGCACAUGUUGUUUACAUUUUUCUGUGACAUUUAAAAAUAUUUCUUAAAAAUGUUACUGCUAAAGAUACAUUAUCCUUUUUUAAAAAGUCUCCAUGCAAAUUAAAUUAGCAUAACUAGAAAUUAUAAAGUUUAAAACUUUUCCAUAUAAUGAAACUCCUUCUGAUAAUUUGACAAACAGAUACAAUAGGCAACACUCCCUAUCACCAAUAUAUUUUGGUUAGUAUAUUCCUUCAUAUUAAAUGACUUUUUGUCAGUUGUUUUGCAUUAAAAAUAUGGCAUGCCUAAGAUAAAAUUAUAUAUUUUUCCAUCUCAUAAAUAUUCAUUUUUCUUCAAAGUCUUAUUUCAAUUUCAUAAAAAAAGGGAUAGUGCAUCUUUUAAAAUACAUUUUAUUUGGGGAGGAACAUGUGGCUGAGCAGACUUUUGUAUAAUAUUACUUCAAAGAUAUGUAAUCAUAAACAAAAAAACCCUAUUUUUUAUAAUGUCAUUUGAGAGAGCUUCAUCAGUGCAGUUGGUGGACUUCAAUUGUUUGAAUUUGAUAGUUUUUGAAUUUAAUCAAGAAACUACCUGGAACCAGUGAAAAAGGAAAGCUGGACUUAAAUAAUCUUAGAUCUAAAUGAUAAGUGUCUCUUACUUUAAAAAUCUACUGUAUUUAUUAUAAUUUACACCCUUGAAGGUGAUCUCUUGUUUUGUGUUGUAAAUAUAUUGUUUGUAUGUUUCUCUUUUUGCCUUCUGUUAUAAGUCUCUUCCUUUCUCAAAUAAAGUUUUUUUUAAAAGAUCCCUUUUCAUACAUUUGGCUUUGUGUAAACUUGAUAUAUUUAAUCAAAGUUGAAACCUGCCCAUUAGGUAUCAUACACCAAAAUAUAUUGCCAUUCUUUGUUGAAACAAACAAACAAAAAAAGAUAUUUUGAGCAGUUACUUUUAAUACCAUUAAUAAUAAUAAAUCCAACAAUAAUGAUUUUAAACUAUUCACAUCAGCCAUUAUCAAAUUGAAAACACAUGUAGAAUUUGUUGCAUUUUCAUUUUCCCAGUGUGGCCUCUUUUAUGAAAUCUUAUCAUCUUUGGUAUUUAAAUUAAAAUAUCAACUUCUAAAUAUAAAAUUUUACAUAAACAGAUGUCAGUUAUUAACUUUCUCUCCACUUUAAAAUUAUUUUUUAAAAAGUUUGUCAUAAUCCCUUGAACAUAACAAGCACUCAGUAAAUAUUAAAAUGAGUAAUUUUCCAUGUAUCAUAUUAGUUGUCUAUUACAGUGAGAUUCUGACCUACGAGUAUAAAGUGACAGUAUAUGAAUUUAAAAAGAAAGGAGUCAUUAAAUUAUCUCCCUUUAUAUGGUAAUGAUUAUUCUAAUGCUAGUGUGAAAAACAAGGAGCCCAAAUCAA